ACAGGGAAGAUGGCGGGCGCUCCUCUGUUGGUGGUCCCUUCUCCUCCGAGCGACGUGGAGACAGUGGUCGGGGCGGACGACCGGGCGUCGGUCGCCGCCACUUCUCGAGAGGACUUCCGGGUGCGCUGCACCUCGAAGCGGGCCGUGACGGAAAUGCUAGAACUGUGCGGCCGCUUUGUGGAAAAGCUCGGGGAAGCGCUGCCAGAGGAGAUUCGGGAGCCUGCGCUGCGAGAUGUGCAGUGGACUUUUGAAUCAGCUGUGCAAGAGAAUGUCAGCAUUAACGGGCAAGCAUGGCAGGAAGCUUCAGAUAGUUUUUUGGAUUCUGAUAUCAAAGUACUUGAAGAUCAGUUUGAUGAAAUCAUAGUAGACAUAGCCACAAAGCGUAAGCAGUAUCCCAGGAAGAUCCUUGAAUGUGUCAUCAAAACCAUAAAAGCAAAACAAGAAAUUCUGAAGCAGUACCACCCUGUUGUACAUCCAUUGGACCUAAAGUAUGACUCUGAUCCAGCCUCUCGUGUGGAAAAUUUGAAAUGCAGAGGAGAAACAAUAGCUAAAGAAAUCAGUGAAGCCAUGAAGUCCUUGCCUGCAUUAAUUGAACAAGGAGAUGGAUUUUCCCAAGUUUUAAAGAUGCAGCCUAUUAUCCAGCUCCAGAGAGUCCACCAAGAAGUCUUUUCCAGUUGUUACAGACAACCAGAUGUUAAACCUGAGAGCUUUAUUACACAAAUAGAAACCACACCAACAGAGACUUCUACUCGGAAAGCCACGGACCUUGUACUGAAAAGAAGACAAACUAAAGACUGUCCCCAGAGAAAAUGGUAUCCAUUGCGGCCAAAGCGAAUUAAUCUUGACACCUCUUGACAGCUCUUUCUGUUUAUCUUGGGAGUUGAAAUUCAGCACUAUCAACAUUUAGAUUACAGCCUAAUACCUGGACAGGACUUCAUUUAAAAAGACAGAUAACUCAAAAAAAAAAAAAAAAGACAGAUAACUCUUUAACUAGUGAUUCCUUUAUACAAAUACAGUAGCUCUAUGCUGAGAUAUAAUGCAAUCAUUGUGUUUCCUUAUCAUUUUGUCUUUAGUGAUGAAAAGCAUAUUUUUUGCAUAUUGGCACAGAGAGAUCAGGGGGUAUGAAGAGUGCAAACUUUUACUGACUGCUCUUAAAUGUCAUCAGCUCUUGGCUGCCUUACAGCUUCUGUGGAUGAUCACGAGUAACACAUUCUGUUGAGUUUCUGAUAUACAUCUUUCUUUUAAAAAGAGCAGUGUAACAGUUGUCUUUAUUUAAGUGCUAAAAGUAAUCCUCUGUUCCCUUUAGGAGCCAGGAGCAGAUGCAGUAGGUUUUUUUGUUUUGUUUUCUUUUUUUUUUUUCA